UCUUCGAUGAGUCAAAACAAAAGAGUUUUGGAAAUCUGCGAUUUGUGUUCUUGAUUUAAUUUUUUAUAUGUAAAACAUGUUUGAUUUACAAAUAAAAUCAUUAAAAAUAUGACAAAAAAGAAAAAUGAACAGCGACACAUACAAAACCGUGCAUGGGAAAAAGAUAGGCGGGAUCGGUUGAACAAUACAUUUGAGAAAUUAGCAAAACUCCUACCAGAAUAUCGACCCAAAGUAACGUUUAGUAAAAUAGAAAUUCUACAUAAAACCAUUGUUUACAUUGAGGAUCUGAGGAGAAAACUAAGAGAUGUGCUUUCAACGCAAAAUGCAUCGAUUUUAAAAACUCAAGAGGAGCUUGAAGGAAGUAUUAAAAUAUUAGUUGAACAAAAUAACGAUUUGGUGGAACUACUUGAAAAAUCAAACAUAAAGGUGCCACAUUUUAUUGUGCCGAAAUUCUUCAGUUUCAUUAUUUCCGUAUAUGAGGCAAAAUCGAAUAAAAAAAAUGAUACGAAGGAAAAACGUGAAAUAGUUGAUAUAAAAUCGACAAAUUCACACGCGCCCAAUGAAAAUGUAUUAAAUAAAAGAUCUCCGGAAAAAAAAUCAAAAAACAAAUCCAAUAAAACUGUUCAAAGUCCAGCAAAAAAUAAUAAAGAAACAAUCGAGGAGAAAACUGUUGAAUCAAUCGAUAAUUAUGGUGCAAAAACACUUCCCAAAUCUCAAUUGAAUAUCGAGUUGAAUGAGGUUCAAUCAUUUGGUUCAGUUGAUUUGAUACCAGUCACCAAUUCAUCAAAACCAGAAAUGAAAAUACAUGAAAAACCAGUGAAAAAUUUUGUUGAAAUAACUCCACUGGUUAGCAGUCAGAAUGCAAAUGUGUCACUGGACAAAUUUUGUGAUUUAGUUGAACAGAAGGAACACCAAAAUAGCCAAGAACCCAAAGCGGAAAAUGUGUCGUUGAAUGUUUCAGUGAUUGUAAAAAAUAAACCGUCUUCGGAUGCGGAAAAUGUGGGCGUUAAAAAACAGAAAGAGCUAAAUUUGGAUAACAGUAAUAUGGGAAAAUCGAAAAAACAGCCGAAGUUAUCUUUCGAUGACGCACAGGUUGAUUCACACUGUGAUAAAAAGUCCACUUCCAUUGAACAAAGUAUCGGUCAAAAGCAAAAGAAUAUAUCAACAAAUCAAGAAGCACCAAAUGUUGGCCAAUGUAAUGCGAAAAAAAUACCUAAAAUAUCGAAUAUUAAAACAGUUUGUACUGUAAGCGAUCAAAAUAAAGCGAUAAGCAAUGAUCAUAUCAAGGAAAUCGCUAAUAUUAAUAUUCCAACAAAUGAAGCCACAAUUUGUGGUAAACGGGUGGAAAAUCUUGGAUUGCCAAAAGAAUUGAGUGAAAAUCUUGCAAAUGACAAAGAUUUAUCGGAUGAACUAUUUUUCCCAUUGUCACAUACACCAAAUGAAUCAAAUCCAAAUGCCCUUUCACCAACGGCGGCAUUUCUUUUAUCAUUUCCAGUAGUAUCAACUACGUCGAGCUCAAAACCAACUGAAACUGAUAAUAGCUAUUCGGUGGGCACCAAUUUACUGCGUAUAGAAGAUAAACAGAAUCAACCAAAAGAUCAUAGUCUAUUUGAAAGUAUUUCAUUCAUUUUGAAUGAUUUAAAUGAUGUAUCAGACAAUAGUAAGAACCUCUCAAGUGUUGAUAAUUCUGGUGCAGCUCAUUUUCCUAAUUUCACAAAUAAAACCAGAACGAAUAUCGAUUUGGAGAGGUCAAAUGCACUAAAUACUGUGAAUAACAGUGUGAAUAAAAAGGUUAUUAGUAAAGCUGAAUCGUCAAAAUCACAAAUUACAAAUGAUGUUAAAAAACAUCAAACUCUUCCAGAAUGUCCAUUAAAUACAAUGCAAGCAAAUAAUUUAUUAAGUGAUCGAACAAAUUUCAUGCAAUCCAAAACAUUCGAAAACGUAUCAAAUCCAACUGAAAAUACAUCCGAUUUUUAUGUUAGUCUUUCAACACUUGGUUUACCAUCAAAAUCAGCUGCAAAGCCAAUAAAUCCCAGUUCACAUUUCAAUUUCCAAAUAUCAUCUUUGGCUCCAAGGAAUCUAAUUGAAUCAAGAUCGUUGAUUGCCGAUACGCCGUUCACAUUCUCAUUGACAAAAUGCUCCGAUACAAUAACAAAUACAACAAAAACCACAUCACAGCAACAAGAGGUUUUAUAUCGGCCAAACAAAACAACUCUGAAGAAAUCAACGCCAACAAAACAUUUGAUUAAUGAUCGUUUUAUUGUUCCACCGCCAGAACCAACAUCGAUAACACCACUAAAUCGAUGCAAUACAUUCAACCCAUUUUCAUUCGAUAAUCCUUCGAUUGCAUCGGCUAGUUCAUCAAUUACCACUACACCAUUUACAUUCACACUGACGCCAACAUUUUCAUCGAUUUCGUCCAGUACGCCAUUACUUUCAAGUCAUGAUCCAUUGUUCUCAUCGUCAUUUGAUAUGCCCAUCAUGAGAUCCACUAAUACAUCAUUAACAAAAAAUUUGAAAAAAGAAAAUAAACCAGCCACAAUUUUGCAAUUUGGUUGCAAUGAAAAACAUCAAAUUCAAUCAACAUCGGGAAAAAUUGGCAAAAAUUAUACAAUGCCAUCCACAUCGAAAUCAAGCAAAAAUCUGGUCAAUUGGAUGACAUCCACUGUAAAUAAUAAGCCAACGCAAGAGCUACAUUUGGAUUUCAUCUCUACAGCACCUGAAGAGCCAUCACCAUGGUCACCUAAUCCAAAUACAAAUUUAAUUGUAUUGCACGGUGAUUUGGCACUGAAUACAAUUUCAAAUGGUUGCAAUGUCCCGGCGAAUAAAUUUGAUCUAGAUUCGAAAAAGGGACCAAUACGAACAAAUAUCAAUCAUAAAUAUGGCCAAUCGAAAGUAUCGACAAAUCGACAACUUGAACGCAGCGGAAAAGGUGGAAAAAGUGAUAAAAAUUUACAAACAUUUAAAAUACAUCAUCAACCAAUACAACAACCAAUCAAUGAAUCGCAUACAACAAAUAAGUUUCAUUCAGUCAGUCAGUUGUUGGAUCAAGAUUUGCGUCAAACGGCAAAUAAAAAUAGCUGUUACAUUUCAAACGAAAGUAAAAUGCCAUUGAAGGACAGUAGUAUGGUGACAACAAAACUAAAAAUGUAUCCAAAAUACGAAAUAGAUGCAAGUAAUCAGUUGGUUGAGAAUAAAUUUUCAACGAAUCCAUGUAAUAUUGUUGGAAAUAGUGAUGAAUGUGAUCGAGACUUAUUUGGUGGUUAUUUUUUCAGCCAGCCAAAGCGUUUAAAGUUGAACUAUCAUACGUCCAGUGAAUUCUUAGGAAAUCAAAGUUAUCCAACCGCAUUUGAAAAUUCGAAUGCCAAUGAUCAUCUUGCUUCCUACUCCAAUUAUCAAACAUACGACAAUGAUUGCAAUAAUGUGUCGUCCACUUCAUGCAUAAAUAAUUUAUCGAAUCAAACAUAUUCGUAUCAAUAUACACAACCACAUUCUCAAUCGUACAAUCAACAAACGCAACAACUUCCGCAAACUAUGUGCGAUCCAAUCGAUUCGUCCAACUAUUUCCAAACACCACCUGUAUCAUCGUUGCCAAAUUACAAACCGUCAUCACAUUUCAGUGAUGUAAUCACCACCCGCAGUACUACAAAAACAAGUACACAUCAAACGUACUCAAAUGAUAAUAUUUCAAAUGUAAAAAUAUUGUCUGGCACCACUGCAACAUCGAAUAGCGUAUCAAAUAAUCAAUGGAAUGAUAGUUUCAGUUGGAUGCCUUAUAACUUCAAUAGCACCGACACAAAAACUGUCACCACGAAUAACAUUAACGGAAACAAUAAUAAUAUGAUUCCAAAUUUCAAUCUCACCACCAUUUUUCCGGACUAUAAUAAGUCUUGAUAUGGAGAAUUUGCAUGUAUAUCAAUUGUAUAUAUUUGUUAAGAACAAAAAAUUAAAAAGAUGAAUAAAUAAUUUAUAAAUAUAAA